GAGCGUGAAGCAGGUAGUCCGAGUUCGGAAGUGAUAUAAAGGCGUGCCGUGGUCCCUGGAAGGUUUAACGCACCUGGAACUGCGCUCAGGAAACAACUAAGAUCGUGGGCAAUCCCUUCUGGGGUAUUGUUGCUGCCACACCACACCUUUAACAUCAUGCUGGUGUGGGCGGUGUUGCUGGGGUUGACUACCAGUCUGUUGGUCAACGCAGCUCGACCGGAUCCUCCAUCUUCCGGUAUCACCACCGUUGGAUCACAGAAACUCGCCACUGCUGAAGAUUGUGCGCGAGUGGUUGCGUUCUCCGCGACUUCCGGCUUCAAAAACGAUGCUCAUUUAAAAUUUUCUCAAACAUUGGUCAACAAAGGCGUCGGAUACAUCGCUGAAACAGGAAUAUUCACCACACAUUGUCCAGGACUAUACCAAUUCAGUUUUUCCGGAUAUGGCAGUACUGAUCUAAAGCUUACUCUAAAACGGAAAGCAAAUAAAUCUGAUAGUUGGCUACCAGUUAUAUCCACUGGCACUGGUGGUGGUUCAAAUCUAGUUCUUCUAGAUUCCGAGGCUGGUGAUCAGCUUGCUGUUUUUGUCGACGCGGGGAAAUCAACUGAAGGAACAACUUUUUCAGGCUACCGAGUCGCUAAAAAAUAGAGAACAGGUUUUAACUGAAAAAAAGAAGCCUAGCGACUUAUCGAGAUAUCGGAAAAAAUAUAAUUAGUUGCCAUGAUCACUUGAUAAAAAUGAAACUGUUUCAUCGUUCGGAACAUUCCCACCAAGAAAAGUAAAAAAUAAUCGAGAAAUCGAAGGGAGAUAUUUGGAUUUCUAUGCAACAUUGCAAAUUACAUUGACGCUACUCCCGAUGUACCUUAUAUUGCUUUAAAUGAUUAGAUUGAUUUCAAAUUGGUUAUUUUACUUUUUUUAUAUAAAUAAUUUACUGAUA